AUAAUAAUACAAAAAUGUAGACAAUUUAAUGAAAUUGGACGCGGUAACAACGAAGCAAACACAAGGGCGGGGGUUCAUGAAUUUUGUCAAUCAACACCCCCGAAAAAACGAAAAAAAGAAGAAGAAAGAAAUGAAAAAGCGGUUGGGGAGGACGUGAAGUUCAAAGAACGUCGCGGCGUGUGUUACGUUUGCUUUGCGUGUGUUUUGGGAGUAAACAAGCCCCCAAAAACCCCAAAUUCGAAGCCAAACCCUCACUUUUUCGUUUUCCUCUUCACCGUUUCUGAUUUUUUUUUUUUUUCCCUCUUUCUCUAUCUAGAAUAUACUCUCACUCCUCUUUUCUGGUAUUCUCAAAACCAAUCGAGCUCUGUUUGUUUCUGCUGUUGCGUUGUCCCAACGGACUCCGUUUUCUAUUUUCAUCAUUGCUUUCUUCUUCUCUCUCGCUCUCUCUGUGUCUCUGACUGAGAUCCGAAAGGUGGAGUAGAAGAACAAGAAGAGGGGGAUUGAUUUGAUUGAAACAUCUAAGAUCGGCCAUAUUUUUCUUUUUUCUUCUCCUUCUUAAAGGUUGAGAGCGAGAGAGAGAGAGAGAGAGAGAGAGAGAGAAAUGGUCGAUGACAAAGGCUUUGGGGAUGGUGAUAAGAAAGACAGUGCAACAGCAGCUACUACUUCUACUGUGGUUGCCAAGAAGAAGCGCAAGGGAUUCAUAUCUCGAAUUUGGAAUGGGAUCUUCAGAUUACAUGGUGAUGACUUUGAGAAGCGGCUUCAGUACAUUUCUAAGGAAGAAGCCACUGUUCUAGCAAGAUUGAAGAACAGGUCCCAAACAUGGAGGCGUACGAUUAGGCAAUUUCUUGUACUUUCUGUCAUUUUUGAGAUUGUCGCAGUGGGUUAUGCUAUCAUGACAACAAGAUCAACAGACUUGAAUUGGAAGACGAGAGCAUUUCGGGUUUUGCCAAUGUUUCUUUUGCCUGCUUUAUCUUCUCUUGCUUAUUCGACAGCUGUAAGCUUCAUUAGGAUGUGUGAUCGCAAAGACCAAAAAACUCUGGAAAGGCUAAGGGCUGAAAGGCAAGCAAAAAUUGAUGAGCUAAAAGAAAAAACGAAUUAUUACAGCACUCAACAGCUUAUUCAGAGAUAUGACACUGACCCAGCAGCAAAGGCAGCUGCUGCAACCGUCCUAGCAUCUAAGUUGGGUGCAGAUUCAGGUCUGAAAGUGUUUGUGGGAGAUGAGCCAAAGGUUGAUGUCCCAAUAGCGAAGAGCAAUGAUGUUGAAGUUGUUCAACCAGGUGGACUUCGAAACAGGAAACAACAGCACACAUCCAGUAGUGCAGGGAGUACUCCCUUGCAUCAUUCAAAUGAAGGGACACCUCAUUCUUUGGGGAGUGAGGGUCCUCAGACUCCUGAGCAUAACCAAUUGGCUGUCAAUCAUUAUCCUCAAGGAUCUUCCACCCAGGACGGAGGAUGGAUUGCUCGUAUUGCAGCAUUACUUGUCGGUGAGGAUCCGACACAGUCAUAUGCACUCAUAUGUGGAAACUGCCACAUGCACAAUGGGCUUGUUAGGAAGGAAGAUUUCCCAUACAUCACUUACUAUUGCCCACAUUGCAAUGCCCUAAACAGACCUAAACAAUCUGAAGAGCAUAUGUCCGGUUCUAGCACCCCUAACUCAGGCUCCUUCAGAGCAGGGGGCAAUGGUGAUCAAGCCCCUAACUCAGGCUCAGUGAGAGCAGAGGGCAAUGGUGAUCCAACGAACAGCCCUAGUGGAUCUGCAAGUGAUAGUGUACUUACAGGAAACAGCUCUGCAGAAGCUGGUAAAGAGAUUCAUGAAGUAACUGAAGGGCCUGUAUCGGCGGAUUUAGAUAGUUGAGAAGCAGACUCUGUGUCGGUGUGGAGCUUAUAGUGUGCCGGAUGGAAUUUUAUGGGUUUGCUUCAUGCUUGUUUGUACAACAAGAUGUUGAGACUCAUCACUUUUGUGCUUUAUACAUAGAUUACAAGGCUUGUUGUUUUACUCUGUACAUUUGUUUGAAUAUUCAAUUUUAUCAUCUUAUUAAUGGCCAAUUUGUUGGGUCAUUGAGUUUCA